UUCCGGGCAGGUUGGGUUCCGGGGCUGCCCCGCUGAGGCGCGGCGCGGCCCGCGAUGAUCCCGGUGCCGGUGGUGGUGACCGUGCUGGGCGGCUGGUGCGCCGUGUACCUGGCGGACACGCUGCUCAAGUCCUCCAACUCUCUGAAGGCAUCGUAUGAGGACUGGCUGCUGACGUACGGCUUGAGUGUCUCUCCCUUUCACCUGCGGUGGCAAACAGCUCUCUUCAACCGCCAGUUCUACAACUGGGGGAGAUGGAAACCCAAAUUUCUCUACUUAUGGUUCAGCAUAGGAAUGGUGUUUGGAAUAGUUGCCAUGUUUGGCUCUGUUAUUCUGCUUGGAAAGACCCUGCUGCAAACACUGACCCAGAUGCUCACUGAGGCUCCAAAAGCCCAGAAUGAUCGAAUGCUGCAAGUUGUGGUGCCUGGUGUCAAUUUGCCGGUCAGCCAGCUGACCUAUUUCUUCUCUGCAAUCCUCAUCAGUGGUGUGAUACAUGAAGUCGGCCAUGGGGUGGCAGCUAUUCGAGAACAAGUACGAUUUAAUGGAUUUGGGAUUUUUAUCUUCAUUGUCUAUCCCGGAGCAUUUGUUGACCUCUUCACAACUCACUUGCAGCUGAUAUCUCCUGUCCAGCAGUUAAGGAUAUUUUGUGCAGGGGUGUGGCAUAAUUUUGUUCUUGGUGUUGCCAGUUUCAUGGUGUUGUUUCUGCUGCCAGCCAUUCUUUUCCCUUUCUAUUACACGGGUGUUGGGGCACUUGUCACUGAGGUUGCAGAGGAUUCUCCUGCCAAUGGACCGCGAGGUCUUUUUGUGGGAGACCUUGUCACUAACCUACAAGACUGCCCAGUUUAUAAUGUGGAAGACUGGAAUUCCUGUCUGGGAGACAUCUCAGAGAAGUCACAGGUCGGCUACUGUGUAAGUGCAGCCACCCUACAGCAAUUAAGCUUUCCAGCUAGAGUCUACAGGAGACUUGAUGGCACAGUUGAAUGUUGUAGUAACAACAGCCUCACAGACAUUUGCUUUUCAUACGGCAGUAAGUUGGACAGCCAUCUGUAUGCCUGUCUGCCAGCACGAAAAGUUAUUGAAGCCAGCAAAGUUUGUCGAACCAACAUGGACUGCCAUAAGGACUUUGUUCCAAGCUUUUGUGUGACUCCUUCUUUGGAGAACCAAACAAGGCUAAUCAGGGUCAAGCAUCCACCCCAUAUUGACAUGCUCUAUGUAGGACACCCCAUGCAUCUUCAGUACACAGUAAGUCUCAGCAGUUUUGUACCACGACAAAACUUUCUAAGUAUCGAUCUGCCUGUGGUGAUAGAGACAUUUUGCAAGUACCUCAUCUCACUAUCAGGAGCAUUGGCAGUUAUCAAUGCUGUACCCUGCUUCGCUUUGGAUGGUCAGUGGAUAUUAAAUUCCUUCCUGGAAGCCACACUGAGCUCCCUAAUUGUAGAAAAACAUAACAGAGAGCUUGUUGGCUUUUUGAUUUUGCUUGCUGGUAGUGCACUUUUGGCUGCCAAUGUUGCACUGGGACUUUGGAUGGUGACAGCACGAUAGAACAUUGGAUUUUCUUCUAUCAGUUCUCAAAGUAUACAGAAAUAAUGAAUCCAUUACCUUUUAAAAUUUGGUACUGAGAUUGAAAUAAUUCCCUUAAAAUGACACCAAAAGAACAAUCAACUGGUGGUUGCUGUUUUAAUUUAAAACUUUACAACACCAUGCCUGUGGUCAUGGGAAAUCUAAUAGGAAAAAGUAGAAGCCUUUUUAUUUACUCUUUAAGCAUUGUAUUAAUUUUGGAGAAAUUGAAUUUUAAGAUUUCAUAGGAAAAAGUCAGACUUCAUUAAUUCAGAUUCCAAAAUAAGGGAAUUAUUUUGCUUCAAACAUUUGUAAAGUGGGAGAAAAAAAAACAGUUUUAUUUUAUAAUUUAAAUAAUUGUCUGUGUGGGCUCUGAUCAUUUCUCAAUCAGCAUAGUUUCAGUGACUUGUUUUGGUUUUUUUUAGUCUGGUACUCUACCAAAUGCUAUUCUAAGAAACCACAAAGUUUGGUCUCAAAAUGGGGAAAAGCUAGGUAAAUGCUUACCAUGUGUUGAUGGGGAGAGAGCAGCCAUUUGGGUGAGUGGCUUUCCUUUUCACCUGGCCAAAAUGACUGGAGGAAUGUUGUCCUCAGGAUGUAGAUGAGAAGUGCCAAUGUCUGCUAAAAAUGAAGUAUGUGGGAGGAUAACAAAGCCCACAUGUUUGCGUUGCUUACACUUCCAGUUGUAUAUUAUCAUACGCAGCUGAAGUUUUUUUAAAGGCAAUAUUUGUCAGCAAUAGCUAAAAGAUAACUGAAAUUUUGUUUCUGAGUGCUGAAGUAUGCUGUGCACAGUUUUCCUAAGUGAUGUGUAAUGUUUGUGGUGUUUUACUCAGAAAAUAAUACUGUAUUCUACCUGUUCACAGUUGAAAGUGAAACCCAUUGUUUUUAUGGUGUCUAUCUUCUGAUGCUAUGCAUGUAAUAUGUACAGUAACUCACUGAUGAUUUUCUGUAUUUCAGAGGGUAAUUUUCCUUUGCUAGGAUUCAUUCUGUUCAAACAUAGCUAACAAAGAUAUUUAGCUGAAGCUGGUCUUAGAUAUGAAUUAUUUAGAGGAAGAAUAUGAUUGUGACUUGAGCUAUUUAAACAUUUGGUUUUGCUUUCUGAGAUGAAUAUAGACCAUAUCCUUGUUCUUGGAUGAACAGUGGAAGAACAGUCAGUGUUUUACUGACUGAAGUAUGUGUGACAUGCUUUGAAGCUCUUUAGGUCUGUUAUGUUUUGUACCCAAUAGGAUUAUAUAUUGAAUGUCUUGUCCUUCUGUGAUAUAUCACCUAGUUUAUAUAAAUCAGGUUCAGUCAGAGUCUUGCCUCAAUAUAGGCUGAUAUUUAAACAAAAAUGCUCUGAUUUGGGAGCCUAAAUAUUUGAAAUAAGAAAUUUUUGAAAAAUACCCUGCAACGUCUGCCUCAUACAGUGCUCCCCAUAGGAGCUUCUGCAGCUCAGAGUUCCUUUACAGAAAUGGCCUUUCCAUCAGGAACUGAAGUGGAACCUAAGCUCACAGAUCCUGGCCUGCAGGGAGUACUGAAACAUAUAUGACAAGGUAAAAUAACUUCUUUUGACACUUGAAGUGAAACCUUGGGUAAUUUCAAAGUGGGGCUGAGCCAAAUUCCUGGUGUUGCUGCAUAGAUUCAUAACUCUAUGAUGUUUGCAUUUGCCCAUUGAUGUGUACUUUUGCACAGUAGCUUUCACACUUAGAUACACUCCUUUCUUACGAUGGUGCAAGCAGUAAUGAGAGACCAUGUUUAUUUAAUUUGUUGUUGGCUAGUUUACAUCCCUUUCCAGUGCUGCCACAGGCUGGGUGGGCCCUUGAAGUUCACCUCUGUGGCGUGGCUGGCCCGUGCCUCUCCUUUUCAGUCAUUUCAACCCAGGCAAACUGGGACAGGUCCUGGCAGGAGAGAGUAAGUCCCCCAAUCCAGUAUGAGCUGGCCUCUUUGGGGACCAUUAAAAGUAACACAAAGUGUAAGAAAAAAAAAAAAUACAAACCAGAAACUACACAAGGUAAGUCUAAGUUAUCAUCACUCCUGGAAACAUAACUGUCCUGGGUUGAUUUGGUUGGGUUGCUGGUUUGCUUCCCGGGGGGAGCCCCACUAGAGGUUUUCUCCCAAAUUUGCCCUAAACCAGGACAAUAACAGAGGUUUCAGAGUAGCAGUUCUUAUGGGCUGCUCUGCCAUUCCUCAGUGGACAGGAGGACAGGAGCAGCCUGGUCCUUGCACAAGGCCUGGCUCUGAGGCUCUGUUCCAGACUGCUUUCUCACCUCAGUGACUCUUUACUGAUUUGAGCUCUUCCUUUCUGUGGCUCUGUGACACUUUCCUCUGUCUCAUCCAAUCUACAGUGCAAAAAAUCAAUUUGCAUUUAGAAGUUUUAAUGUAGUUUAGUAAGACAGGAUAUUAAGUUUCAAAACAUGUCAAGUUAGAUAUUUAUUCAUGUUGACUACAAUGGCUUGGAACAAUCCUUUAGCAUAGUGCCUCUCAUGGAGAUGUAGGCAACAGAUUUAGAAAAACCCAAAGCUGCUGAAUUGACAUGCACAAAUUUCGUCUGCUAUAAUGAGGCUGGCAGGCUGUUUCUGGCUAUUUAGUGUGCUACCAAAACAUGAAGUUUUACCAAAUGAAGCUAAAGCCAGUUUGCUUUACGGAGUCACUGAAAGCCAAAGUUUUACCAAGUAGAACUUCAGUCUGUGUCUGACCUCAUAAGCAAGAAGAGGGUGGAGAAGACAUUGGUCAUGGCUUUAGCAAAACAGACAUGCUAGUGCACUGUAAAUACACUAGUUAUCUUGUAUGGAAGAGAGAGUACUAGAAGUGCUUAAAAAUAAUUCAUGAGUCCAUUUCUCCACAUGCUAAAAUUUGGCUGAGUAAGGGUUGAUUUAGGUAUGUACAGGUUCUUUAAAUCAAGACUUGAAGCAAACUGAGUGUGAAUGGUGAGCCAGCACAUCUUAGAUUAGUGUGGACAAAGGUAGUAGUUAGGUUGGACCACUCUCUGAAGAAGAGGUUGUUCAGUGGAUCCAUUUAAUUCUCUAUAAUCCUAACACAUGGAUUACAUUCUGAUAAGCAUGUGCCAUACAUACACUUACUGGAAGGAUUUUUUUCUGGCAUUUUGGUCAUCUAUUUAGCAAGAGAAAACACGAAAGUACAGAGUGAUUUUUGUGGGUUGGAUUUUUAAUGGAGUAUUUCUGAUGUGUGUUUUGUUUUUGUAAAAAUAGGAAGUCUUUAAAUUAAAUCCUUCUACAUCUUAUUCUAAUUAGCCCCUCAGAAUCUUUAAUACGGAAUCCAUCAAUAUAAUUAAAGGGAUAUUGACUGGACUAUGAAACACAGCACUCUUAAAGAUUGGAUGGCUGCUACUUUUUAUGUAUAUACUAUGCAUUUUAAAUCUGUAUCAGAUGGAAAAAGUAAUGUCUAAUAUUCAGAAAUGUUAUACUUAGCUUUUGUUUGAAAAUUUCCAGAAGAAAUCCAUAAUUAUAACCAUUGUUCUACUUUGUUUUUUAUGAAAUUGUUUUUUAUAUCAGCAAAUAUUUACAUGGCAUGUUCUGAUAAUGCAUGAUAUGACAUGCAGAUGGGAAACUCCUUAGCAUGGGGAUGUUACAUGCUCUUUGCUAAUUUAGGAAAUUAAAAACAGCUUGCUUCUGUACAAAUUAAAUGAAAGAGGCUUCACUAGAAAAAGUAUAGAUAAACUUGCAGAUUAGUCAUCCCAAAUUAUGAGCCACAGUGGAAAAUUUUUUAACUCAUCCUUUUUAUUUAGAAUUAGGCAACCAUGUUGGUAGUUCCUUUCAGUGAGAAUUCUGCAUUGUGGGUAUGUGUGUAUACAUACAUUUGUAUGACAGAUACAUACAUGGCCAUAGGAUGGAUUAGUGCUUUUUUAGGGAUAGCUUACAGCAGUUCUCCUUAUUCUGCAUUGUAGGCUUUUGCUUUUCUUUUUCCUUCUCUCUGUGAAUUCUGUCUAUGGUUUUCUCUGGAUUUGAAGAUAGAAACUUAUGUUUUCUUCCCAUUAGCAAUUCUUAACUUCUUUAUUAACAGAGGAUGAGUGGUGGGGACAUGAUGUAACCACAGCUGCGUGAGUUUUGUUCAGCUGUUUAAAGUACGUUUCUUACUUUCUGUGAAGCCUCAGCUACAAGCAUGAUAAACAUGACUUUUUCAGGGCAACUUAAAAAGGUCAGCCUUGGAAUCCAUCACUCUCUUACUGCUGCUGUUUGUGCUGUUCUGGAGAACUGGGAUGAACAAGACUGUGUAGGUCAUACUGAAGAAAGAAAGUUUUCAGAGCAGAACUCUCCAUGGCAGUCAGGGUGUUUUAGCCUUCUUUUAACAAGGAUAUGUUUCGUUCAGUUUAGCACAUCAGUACUCCCAGUGUUCCCAUAGCUUCCCAUACAUUUCACAUGAUGCCAAAGGGUGACCUGUAGGAAUAUUUUUAAAAUAAAUUAUAUGUGUGUUACAAAUUCAGAGCUUUCAUACUGAUCUGGAUGUCACUAAUGACAGAUGAGGAAGGCUUAUAAAGCUUUAUAUAGCCUAGUCUGUAUUUAGUUGUUUUAAAAAUAUGUGAGUUAAACUCUAGAUAUAAGUAGUUGUUUCUAAAAUAUGCAUUCUGUACACCUGCAUUCAGACCAAUUUCCACAACCAGUCUUGUCUCAGCUUUGUUCUUGUAAUCUUGUGAGUAAGGAAUCUUGAAUCUUAACACAGGUGAGAUCCAAUAUUGGCAAAUAUUUUAUACCUUCUUUAUCUUGAAUUUAAUGUAGCACUUUCUAUUGAUAAGUUAUUUAAUGUGGCUGAGUUACCUGGGCAUCAAUGCAGUACUUGGGAGCAUUGCACUGGGGACUGCCAGAAAACAGCAGCUUUGUGACUGCUGGUCUUUGGGCUCAUCCACUCCAUCACGUGAAGAGCAGAUGGCAGCAUUUAAGGGCAGUGAAGGACUUCAGUUUAUGGCAGCUUUAUGAAACUUUCACACUGCUGACCCAGUGUGAAAGGACAGAAACAAAGAGCAGGAUAUGACAGUGCAAUUCCUUUCAUUCCAUUUACAUUGUCAUGAAACCUGAAAAGAAUUUGUAAUUAACAUUUCAGAGCAGGAAGAUAUGUUUUCCAGCCCUUCUCUGAAUCAUUCAGUGACUGAUGGUCAAACUUUUUUCUUAACAGUUUAUCAUUCCUUUGAUAAAUAUGUGCUGAAUAAGUAGCAUGGAUAGUUGUGCUUAUUUUGUAAAAUGGACUUGGAUAUUUCUCACCUCUGGAUGUUCAUCCUGGGAUGGUUUUUGCAGCAUCAUAGUAUAAUUGGUCUUCACUGAUACUGGGUUGAAAGUUUAGAGGCUCUUUCCAAGCCAUCAGUAGGAAAAUCUAUUUCCAAGUUAUUUGUUAAUAUUUUAAAUUAAUCUUUUCCUUACAUGACAUUGUUUUUAGACUUCAUAUACUCAGUUGAUCUUAUCUGAAGCCUGUGGAUGGAAUAUGUAUUGUUUAGAAAUUCACUGUGGGGUUUUUUUUCCUCUACAUGGCCUUAUUUUUCACACUGACUCACAGCUGUGGAAUGUUAGAUUUCUAGACCCUUUGUUCCCACUAUGCAUUGUUCAGGAUCAUGUUUUUUUUAAAAAAAACGGGAAAAAAAGAAAGCUUCAUUUUGAAAAUGUCAGCUAACAAAGAUAUGGAACACUGAAUAAUGUAUUGUGGUUUUGUUUUGCUUUUUUUCUCUAUUUAAUUAACCAAACAAUAAGUAUUGUUUUCUAUGUAUGAUAAAUGUAUCCUGCAAAUAAAUGCAUUGUCUGAUUGUU